AUGUGCCACUUUCAGGUCUCCUCACACUGCUGGUGGGUUCCAUUUUGUCAUAGGGUGCUGGCAGAUUACGGGCCUCCCAUUGCUGCUGCCAGGCCCGUAAUCUGUCAUGGGCCCCUGUACCGCCUCCUCAUGCUGCUGCCAGGUCCAGAGUGUGUCAUGGGUCCCUGUACGGCCUCCCAUUGCUGCUGUCUCCAUCGCCACACUCUGCCAUGUGCCACUUUCAGGUCUCCUCACACUGCUGGUGGGUUCCAUUUUUUCAUAGGGUGCUGUAUGGCCUCCCAUUGCUGCUGCCUCCACCGCCACACUGUGGCUCCACACUCUGGUUUUGGCCCCGUGACUGCCCAAAUGAGUGAAGUGUGCGGUGAUUCUAAGAUCGACGGCACUCAUCUGCAUGUCAUACUG